AUGGAUGGUGCAAAUGCAGUACUUCAACAAAUAGAGCAACCACUUUUGGAAAAUGAACCAAAACCCCCCAAAACACCAGCACAAAAGGCCAUAAGAAAGUCCUUCAAAAUAUCAGCACAUUUGGCCAAUCUUCUUCCCACAGGCUCAGUCCUCACAUUCCAAGUUUUGUCCCCGGCUUUCACACACCAAGGGCAGUGUCAAACCAUCAUAAGCCGCACCAUGACUCUUGGACUUUUAGCAUUGUGUUGCUUCUUAAGCUUUAUUCUAAGAUUCACUGAUAGCUUCAGAGACGCAAGAGGCAAAGUUCGGUAUGGUUUAGCCACAUCUCGGGGCUUGUGGGUGAUCGAUGGGUCAGUGAAAAUGGAACCUGAGGAGGCAGAAAAGUAUAGACUAAAGUUCAUUGAUUUCUUCCAUGCCUUCAUGUCCGUUCUGGUUUUUGUAGCAGUGGCAAUGUUUGAUAAAAACAUUGUCAAGUGCUUCUGCCCAACACCAUCUCCAGAGACCAAGGAACUUCUAGUGACAUUGCCUAUUGGGAUUGGCAUCGCAUGCAGUGUGUUGUUUGUUGCACUCCCCACAAAGCGCCAUGGAAUUGGAUUCCCUCUCUCUCGCAACUAAUUCUUCACCUUCAUUUAUCUGUGUUCCUUCCUAUUUAUGCAUUGAAUGGAUCAUUUAUUUCAUUUUUUUUUUUAUUUGUUCUUCCAAGUUGUAAAUCAAUUUUUUUUCACAACUUCUAAUUUCUACUUUCUUCAGGCCAUGAAAAUUGUUUCAUGGCGUAACAUGUCUUUGUGAUUUCUA